AUGUCUUCAGGUCGAAGCAAGUGCUGCAGGUUGUUACAUCUCAACGCCGCGCCAUUCAGCUUCGAAUCUGCAGUGUGUUGCGUUCUUUUCCGAAUCCAGAUGCAGAUGCAGAUGGUGCAACAGAUGCAGCAGAUGCAGCCACGCUUGGUGUUGCGGCAGGCCGUGCCGAGGCAGCCAGUGGUGCUGUCGCAUGCGCAGGCAGCGCAGCCAUGGCUUGGACAGGUGCAUCAGCUGCCUGCUCAGGUGAAACCAGGGCGCAUGGUGCCAGUGGCGCCCAUGGUGAAGCACGUGGUCAAGCCCGUGGCGAAGCCAUCGCAAUGGAUAUAUGCAGCCCCCCUUCAAAGCACCCGAGGACAUCUUGCCAAUCCCAAGGUGGGCCUCCCAUGCCCAAAGCCCCAGGUGGUGUCCACGCACGUGAAGCCCCCAGAGCGGAAGGAGCUGCCUCUGAUUGAUGGCCAAGUGCCCAAGGACCAAGGCGUGGAGGGGAUGCACCCAAUUGACUUCAAGAAAUUUUGGGAGCAGAAUCAUCAACGCAUGAUCGUGAUCGAUUUGCGUGGGCAAGAUCGGGCUUGCGGGGCAAUCCCAGGAACGAAAAACAUCCCGGCCAUGGAUCUCCUCAAGGAGAUCGGGAAGUACGUCAAAGAUUUUGAGGAAAAGCAAAUUGUGGCAUUUUUUUGCCAGUAUUCAGCUCAUCGAGCUCCCACCGUCGCCAACUUCUUUCGAAAGAGCUGCCCGUCCAAGCAGCGCGUGCUGAUCCUGGAGGGCGGGUACAGGGGAUGGGAGGCUCAUGACCUCCCUAUCCAGCAGAUGGAGGCGUCGCGUUGCCGAUAUCUACCCCUCAUCAGUACUUCCAGCAUCUUUCAGCCACCUGAUGCUCCAGACAGGGCAGCGGCGGUUGGAGGGUGCCUUGAUAAGGUUUCUGAUGGUAGGCGGAGCCCUUCCGUGAGGGGUCUUUGCCUAGCGCUUUGCCUGCGCUUCCUCCGUGUCUUGGAAAUGUCGCGACUGGAAACCGACCGUCAUGGUGUUCCCCAGUUUAGCGGCGACCCAGAGAUGUUUGAAGAGUACCAGGAAAGAGCAUGGGAUUUAUGGCAUGGUAGAGAGGGUCAAGAAAGUCUUCAGCUUGCAACAGCGGUACACCUUAGAGCUGGGUUGAGUGGUGCCGCCUAUGAAGCUACUAGGAAGAUUGAGCAUUCAAAGAUGAAAACGAAAGAUGAAAAAGGGGUUCCAACUGAUGAAGGGUUGCGUCACUUCCUUGCAGUCCUGAAAACAGCCAUAGCAGCAGUUGAACCUGUCAAAGUGAAUGAACUGUUCCUCACUGCCUUCUACAGUUCCCAAGUCUGGCGCCGACCUGCUGAGAGCAUGCAGCAGUACAUCGUGCGCAGAGAGCAGGACUUUAGGCGUUUGGAAGAGAUGAGCAAAGACACGCAUGUGAGCACAAACUUGCGUGCCAUGAUGUUGCUCAUCUUCAGUGGUUUAGAUCACAAAGAACAAGUCAGUGUUUUGAGUUCAGUUGGAAAUGAAUACAAUUUUGAAAAGAUUUCACAUGCCUUGCGGUUGCAGUUUCCACAAGCCUCUGGAAAGCCUGUUGUCAGAAGGGAUUACCUUGGCUGUGGACGUCAGCCUCAACCCAAUCGUGACUCCGGCAUCUUGUUCAAGCCGAAGGCAUGGCGUCAGAUGAACUCAAAGGGCCGUGGCCGUGGUCACCAAUCUUUCACCGCCGAUGAGGUCUUGGAGACUGGCGAUGAUGAUGGCGACUAUGAGGGCGACGAGACCUAUCACGAGGACAUUGACGCUGACGAGCACUAUGAGCCUCCGACCUAUGAUGGUGCUGAGUCCUUUUGGGAGGAUGAAACCUUUGACACCCUGGUCCAGGACAUGCCUGACCUUGAUGAGAAUCCAGAGAUUGCCGACGCUUUGGCAACAGUCAUGCAGUACAAGAAAAAGGGCAAGGGCAAGGGAAAGCAAAAGGGGCCAGCCGGGUCCUCUUCUACGCAGUCUUUUCCUUUCCGUGCCAGUGGUGACAUCUCCUUUGACAAGAACAAGGAGGCCAGAAACAACGCAGUGAAGUUUCUCAAAUCCGUGACAACAUGCACCAGUUGCCAUCAACGUGGACACUGGACAGGAGAUGAUGCCUGUCCCAACAAGAAGAAGAACAAGGGUGCUUCUUCGAACUCUCCCAAGAAGAAGCCACAUGAGAAGAAGACCACGUUUUUCGUUUUGCAUGACAGUUUGGAAUCCGACGAUGAGAAGGAGACUUGCCUCGCCUUUGCCAUUGGGGACAAGUCCACCGUUUCCAAGAAUGAUCUAGCUGAACAGAAUGCCAAGGUCCUUAAGGCCUUUGCGACUCAGAACACCUUCCACGUUUCUGAGAAUGCCGACAUGACCCUGAAUGCCAACGCGAUUGAGAAUGCCAGCGUGCCACAGAAUGCCUUCCUGACUGAGUAUGCCGACCUUGCCCAGUAUGACGGCCUGACUCAGUAUACCAACUCUUAUCAGAAUGACAUGAGCCGUGCGCUGCAGCCCAAUUUGAAUGAGCCCAAUGCCGUGACCGCACAGAUGCCUGUUCCUCCAGCAGGCAGCCCCCCUUUUGAGGCUGGAUCCAACGUCACAAAGAAUGCCAGCGCACAUGGAGUUUGUUUCACUUCCUUUGAUUCUUCUGUACUGAUGGUGUUGAAGGACACCAAACUUUGCGCCCACUCAAGUUAUCUUGGCGGAGAUGAACGUGAAUACCACCGUGGAGCAAAUGGCCACACACGUCAUGUGAGCUGCAAGAACAAGGACUGCGAUUGCACAGUGAUUUCUGGCCGUCGCAAAGAUGGCGAGCAGAUGUGGCGAUACCUUGUUCAGAUUGCCCUUUGUACAAAGUGGGGCAGUGCUGCUCGAUCCCGUGAGCUUUUUGCCAGCGUUUGCCGUGAAAGAGACAAAGCUUUGCAUGACCGUGAACAGCGAGCGGCCUUGCGACCUCCUCCUGGUUAUCCUGGUCAAGCAGCCUCUUCUCCAGGUUCCUCACCUUCACCCAAGUCUGUUGACUGGAAUUUGGUUGGUGAACAAGCCUCUUCCACUGGCGCUGAUGGCAGCUCAAGGACAGCCAAGAUUGUCCGUGAUCGAGAACCUCGCUUUUGGGCCUAUGGUGUGCUGAUUAAGCCAACAAUUGACCUUCCUGAUUUUCCCCUUCUUGCGGAUGAGGACCAGGAUGUUCUUCAGCCACUGCCAUGCGACAUGACUUUGUGUGGUCCAGAAACGCCCUUUGAGGGGUACAGCUAUGCUCAAGUUGCAUCGAGCCCAGAGGCAUCUGCAUUUUGCCAGCAAAUUUUGCAAGCUGCCCUGGAAAAUCAGCCUUUGGUUCCCGAGCUCUAUCGGCUCUCAUUCUACCUUUUCGGCAGGUGCAAGUUGCUUCACUCUGCCGUGACCCGGAUGUGGAAGUCAGGUGAAGUUCGUCCUGCAAAGCGGCCUUCAAAUCCUGAUGAGAUGAUUGCGCACCGGUGCAUCCGGGUGCCACUUUGCUUCAACAUCCAACAUCCGGAGAUCGUUCAGGUUCAUGACUUUGAAGUUCUGAUGACCAAUGAUGACAGUCGUCAUGGCGAUCGUUUGGACUUGGACUCUUUUGCCUCCACUCCACAAGAUCCUCCCGGGUUGGCCAUCUUGGACUCUGGCUGCACUCGAGCCAUGCACGGGAAGGAUUGGGCGGAAGCUUUUGAGCUUGAGCUCGGCAAACUUGGACUUUCAUGCCGAAGACGCCCCAAACACCAAUCUUUUCGUGGAGUUGGUGGCCAGAUUGCCAGCGACACUGUCAAGGUAUUUCCUGUCGGAAUUCAUGGAGUCAAUGGAGAACUCCACAGCGCUGAAGCGUCAGGAGCUCUUCCUCUUCUCCUCUCACGCCCUUUCAUGGAAGAGCUGCAGACCGUCAUUGAUGUUGGGGCCCGAACUGUUUCAUUCAAGAAGCUGGGCAUUGAUGGACUUCCUUUGAUUCGAACGGCCAAGGGUCACCUUGCCAUCAGCCUUUUGGAUUUUGAUUUGGCUGCCUUCGAAGACACAGAAAGCCCAGUGAAUGCCCCUGAGCAGCUCCACACCGAGGAUCACCUGGACUUUGAUCCUGCUGCUCUGGUCGAUCAUGACCAACCUCAUGACUUUGGCGGCAUGAACCCUGAUGAUUACUUUGACAUGAUGGCCGACCUUGACAUGUGGCGCCAAGAAGCUGCCAGCAUCCAAGCAGCCAUCGACAGUGGCGAGAUCGUUCUUCCUCAACAAGAUGAAGGUCUCAUGUGCGAGGAUGCCAAUUACUUGUUCGACCAUCCUGAGCAGUUCAUCGUGCGAAAGGCCACCAAUAAGAAGAGCAAGAAGUUUGAGUCAUGGCAGAACAACUUGGACGGUGAAGACUGGCUUCGCCAACGAGUUCUCACCGGCAAGUGCAAGAAAGUGUCCAACAAGCCGCCUUACGGCAAAACUUGGAUGAAACAGUUGUUUGCUGGUCAGAUGGGCCUAUCACUUUUGGCCAUCUUCUAUGGACUUUCUAUCGGCGUCCCCCUGGACGUGACCAGCUCUGAUUGGGAUGCAUCAACAUCCAAGGGAUACAAACAAGUUUGCCAUGAUUUGCUCUAUGAGGACCCCUUCUUGACCGUGAUCACCCAACCUUGCGGUCCAUGGGGAAAUUGGUCGCGCUUCAACUUGGCGCGUGGUGGCAAGUCGAUGCUCACUGUCUUGGAGCUACGUGAAGCAGGACGUCCCAUCCUGCGACUGGUCAACAAGGUUGUCAAGGACCGCAUCAAAGCCAAUCGGCAUGUCUUUGUCGAGCAGCCACUUGGCUCACAAUGGCUAGAAGAAGAAGAACUCGCUGAUGUUGUCCAGCUGUUGCAGAACGGCGAUUUGGUUUCCAUACGUGUUGAUGGAUGUCAAGUUGGUUACAAAGAUCGAGAAAGCGGGUUAGCCCACUUCAAACCAUCCAUCUACAUCACUUCUCUCCUUGUAGCAGAAUCCAUUUUCAAUGGCUGUCGUUGUGAUGGGCAACAUGCACAUGAACCUCUCGAGGGAAACAACAAGUUUGGCUCACGCACACUUCAAGCUUCUGAAUGGCCUGAACAGUUGAACGAUCUUGUGAUCCAGGCCAUGAUCCAGCAAGCCUCUGCAGAAAGCAGUGCUGUGUGCGGUGCUCAUGAGAUGUUUCCUGCCGAAGUACGACCAGCUGAACAACCACUUCAAGGGAGAUCUCCCAAACGACGUAGAAGGGCAGGACGGGUUACACAACUUGUUGGACAAUAUGCAGCUCCACCCGUCUAUGUGCGUCCUCAACUGCCUCUACAACCUGAGGUUCAACAGCCUCUUGAAGAUCAGCAACUUCUUCCAGACCAACCUCAACUUGAUGAUGCUUCCGUGCGAGCCAUUCAGGCUUCAGCCUUGGACCCAGUGCUCAACAUCACUGAGGCUGAACGUCGACGAAGAUGGCUCACCAUUUCCCCAGAGAUCAGAAAGAUCCUGCGAGAUUUACAUGUUCAGUUUGGACACCCCACCAACACAACCUUGCAGAGAAUCCUUCGACGUCAAGGAGCUCUACCAGAAGCUAUCGAUGGAGCAGAUCUUUUGAGCUGUGAUUCGUGUGGCGACAGCAUUCGAAGGAGAAGACCUAAGCCAGUUAGGCUUCCAGGUCGCUACGUUUUCAACCAUCACUUGCUCAUCGACGUCUUCUACGGCAAGGACGUUGUUGGUGAAUCUUUUGCCUUCCUGAACAUCAUUGAUGAUGCCACAGGCUAUCAGGUUGUUUCAUGUCUUGGCCAAGCUCGAGGACCACCUGCAUCAAAAGCCGUGCUCAGGCAUUUUCUUACUGUCUGGAGCUCAUGGGCUGGCCUUCCAUAUUCUGCACAAGUUGACCGAGGCAAGGAGUAUCUUGCCUACUUCAGUGACCACCUCAAGACCUACGGAGUUGAGCAGGAGACAGUUCCUUUGGAAGCUCCAUGGCAAAAUGGAAAGGUUGAACGCGCAGGUGCUCUAUGGAAGGAGAUCCUCUACAAGACUGUUCAAGAGAUGCAGUUGCAGGGCUUGGAUGACAUGAUUUUGGCCACAACCAUCAUCACCCAGUGCCGCAACUCCUUUCCGCGGCCAAAUGGGUACUCGCCCUCACAAUGGGUUCUUGGACUUUCAGAAGUGCGAGUGCCUGGCUCACUUUUGGAUGAUGGUGAAGCUCAACGGCUUGAGUUGCUUGAAGCGGCUGAUGACCCAACAUCAGCAUUUGCAAGGUCCUUGGGCAUUCGUGAAAGUGCCCGAGUCGCUCAGGUCAGACUCGACAAUGAUGCACGAGUCAGAAGGGCUUUGCUUCACAAGUCCACUCCAACACGUGGACCAUACCCUGUGGGCAGCUAUGUCUACUUUUAUCGACUUCAAGCACCUCCCACUGGACAAGCGCGAGCUCAGGCUCGCAACUUUCGCUGGUUUGGUCCAGCGAGGGUCAUUGGAGUUGAGACCCGGAACCAGCGGAGAGCUGAGGAUGUGGAAUUUGCCACCGAGGGUGGCCAGCCUCAUGCUUACUGGUUGCGCUAUGGUCCUUCAGUUGUUUUGGUCACAGGUGAAGAUUUGCGAGCGAAGAUGAGCUUCUUGCUGCUCACUCCCUUCCUGAAGAAGUUCUACAACCAUCCUAUACCAGAGGUGCCAGAAACUAUGUUGAUCUUCGUGGACAUGCAGCAACUCCACAGAUCUUGGACCAACAACAAGAUCCUGCACCACCUGGAUUGCAGUUUAGUCCAACAACACCUUUUGCCGCUUCAAGACCGGCUACCAUCCGGGAAGACACAGAAUUUCCUGGUGAUGUUGUGCCUGCGACUCCAGCACCUCAGGAGGAAAGGACGGGAGACGAGGUCCAAGAGCCUGAACCAGGCCCGUCUGCUACACCAACACCACAGGUGUCACGCAGACCCAGCAAGAAUGUGCCUGCAGCUGCAGCAGCCACUCAACUUUCUCAAGCUCUACAACGGCCUGAUCGACUUGAUGAUUGACAGCGAGGCUUCUGAAGAGGAGUCCAUGCUCACUCAGGCUCAACCUGCCGAUGCUUUCCUCACUGGGAAGGCAGCCUCCUCUGAGAUCUCCCUCAAGAAUUUGGAUGAGAGUGACCGGCAGAAGUUUCAAGAUUCCAUGAAGCGUGAAUGGGAUUCAUGGAUGAAGUUUGGAGCUGUUGAAGUUUUGACAAAGGACCAGAUCAAGGACUUGCCCGACGACACGCAGAUCGUGGGAACACGUUGGGUGCACACCGACAAGAACAGCAAGCCCAGACUUUUGGCCAAAUAUCUCUCGAAGAAGACUGGAAAAUCUGAUGCGCAGAUCAAGAAAGAAUUUCCUUUUCAGGCCAAAAGCCGACUUGUUGUCCAAGGGUGCCAAGAAGAUCCACAAGCUAUCCGCUCAGAUAGUCCCACAGCUUCUCUUUUGGCAUUCAAUUUCAUUUGCAUGAUUGCGACAGUGAUGAACUGGAUAAUUUCAGCAUGUGACGCCUCCACUGCAUAUCUACAGUCACAAGGAAUAAGCAGGUUGUUGAUUUUGAGACCACCAAGACCUCCACCGCCAGGCAUCAGCCCACAUGACCUCCUUCGAGCACGUGGCUCCAUCUACGGCACGAAGGAUGCUGGUCGCGCAUGGUGGAAGAAACUUUUCAGAACCUUGAAGCGUUUUGGUUGGAGAAUGUCAAGAAUCGAGUCAGCAAUGUUUCUCCUUGUGAUUGACACCAAGCUUGUUGGCGUACUCAUUACACAUGUGGAUGAUUUGUUUUGUGCAGGUGAAGGCAAGGUGUAUCAGGAUAGCAUUUCAGCCAUGGAAAAGGAGAUUUACCUGAAGGUUAGUCACCGAGAGUUUCGUUUUUGUGGAAAGAACGUCAAGCAACAUAGCGAUGGCACCAUUGAGCUGGAUCAGUUCGACGCCAUUGAAAGCGUGGACUACAUGCCCUUGACUAAGGACAGACGGUCCUGUAUCAAUGCCCCUCUGACCACAGAGGAGAUCACAAGCUUCCGCGGCCUGAUUGGCCAACUUGGCUGGAUCACGAGGCAGACACGACCUGACUUGAUGGUCAAUGUGUCGGUCGCUGCCCAGAGUGUGAGCAAACCAAGAAUCAAGGAUGUGGUGAACCUCAACAAGUGCGUUAAGAUGCUCAAGGACACAGCCGAUUCGACUUGGCGCUUUGUCCCCCAUCCUGACAUGAAGCUUGAUGAUUUGGUUGUUUGCGUUUUUGCAGAUAGCAGUUUUGCAAACAUUGAAGGCAUGAAGUCUCAGUGCGGCUAUGUUGUCUCUCUGACCUUGCCGAGCAUUCGAAGCGGCUCCCCAACUCCUCUCUUCGUUGUUGAAACCUACUCUGGAUCAGUGAAGCGAGUUUGUCGCAGUACACUUGCUGCAGAGGCCAAUGGUUUUCUCACUGGUGCUGAGGCAGGCGAAUACGUCCGAGCCUUACUGCUGGAACUCCAGCAUCCUGAUGUGAGUUUUAACGAUUUGGAGCGUGAGUAUGUGAAGAAGAAGAUCAUUUGCAUCACUGACGCAAGGAGUUUGGAAAGCACAUUGAACAAAGACGCAGGUCAACCUGGUGACAAAAGGGUUCGCAUUCUAGUAGCACAAAUACGUGAGAUGAUUGGUGAAAACAACUAUGGCGAUGACGACAUGGUGUUCGCAGAAUGGUGCGACACAAGCCAGCAACUCGCUGAUGUGCUCACGAAAACUGGAUGCGAAAGAGAACCGUUGCUCAAUGCACUCUACCAAGGAGUGUGGCAGCUUGAGCCUAGCGACGCAGCACUGGCAAAGAAAGCCAGUAUUAGGGCUUCACGUAGAGCCAGGAAACAAGGGGCAAUCAAGGAAAUGGCUGCGACGGUCUCCGAGUUGAGCUAUAGAUUGGACAAGUGGGAAAAGCACCCUGCAGGUCGAAGCAAGUGCUGCAGGUUGUUACAUCUCAACGCCGCGCCAUUCAGCUUCGAAUCUGCAGUGUGUUGCGUUCUUUUCCGAAUCCAGAUGCAGAUGCAGAUGGUGCAACAGAUGCAGCAGAUGCAGCCACUCUUGGUGCUGCGGCAGGCCGUGCCGAGGCAGCCAGUGGUGCUGUCGCAUGCGCAGGCAGCGCAGCCAUGGCUUGGACAGGUGCAUCAGCUGCCUGCUCAGGUGAAACCAGGGCGCAUGGUGCCAGUAGCGCCCAUGGUGAAGCACGUGGUCAAGCCCGUGGCGAAGCCAUCGCAAUGGAUAUAUGCAGCCCCCCUUCAAAGCACCCGAGGACAUCUUGCCAAUCCCAAGGUGGGCCUCCCAUGCCCAAAGCCACAGGUGGUGUCCACGCACGUGAAGCCCCCAGAGCGGAAGGAGCUGCCUCUGAUUGAUGGCCAAGUGCCCAAGGACCAAGGCGUGGAGGGGAUGCACCCAAUUGACUUCAAGAAAUUUUGGGAGCAGAAUCAUCAACGCAUGAUCGUGAUCGAUUUGCGUGGGCAAGAUCGGGCUUGCGGGGCAAUCCCAGGAACGAAAAACAUCCUGGCCAUGGAUCUCCUCAAGGAGAUCGGGAAGUACGUCAAAGAUUUUGAGGAAAAGCAAAUUGUGGCAUUUUUUUGCCAGUAUUCAGCUCAUCGAGCUCCCACCGUCGCCAACUUCUUUCGAAAGAGCUGCCCGUCCAAGCAGCGCGUGCUGAUCCUGGAGGGCGGGUACAGGGGAUGGGAGGCUCAUGACCUCCCUAUCCAGCAGAUGGAGGCGUCGCGUUGCCGAUAUCUACCCCUCAUCAGUACUUCCAGCAUCUUUCAGCCACCUGAUGCUCCAGACAGGGCAGCGGCGGUUGGAGGUUGCCUUGAUAAGGAAAUGGCUGCGACGGUCUCCGAGUUGAGCUAUAGAUUGGACAAGUGGGAAAAGCACCCUGCAGGUCGAAGCAAGUGCUGCAGGUUGUUACAUCUCAACGCCGCGCCAUUCAGCUUCGAAUCUGCAGUGUGUUGCGUUCUUUUCCGAAUCCAGAUGCAGAUGCAGAUGGUGCAACAGAUGCAGCAGAUGCAGCCACUCUUGGUGCUGCGGCAGGCCGUGCCGAGGCAGCCAGUGGUGCUGUCGCAUGCGCAGGCAGCGCAGCCAUGGCUUGGACAGGUGCAUCAGCUGCCUGCUCAGGUGAAACCAGGGCGCAUGGUGCCAGUGGCGCCCAUGGUGAAGCACGUGGUCAAGCCCGUGGCGAAGCCAUCGCAAUGGAUAUAUGCAGCCCCCCUUCAAAGCACCCGAGGACAUCUUGCCAAUCCCAAGGUGGGCCUCCCAUGCCCAAAGCCACAGGUGGUGUCCACGCACGUGAAGCCCCCAGAGCGGAAGGAGCUGCCUCUGAUUGAUGGCCAAGUGCCCAAGGACCAAGGCGUGGAGGGGAUGCACCCAAUUGACUUCAAGAAAUUUUGGGAGCAGAAGGCAUGGCCAGACUACGGAAGGCCAGAAGGGAGCCCCAAGGAGGUCAAAAUGAGGAAUCAUCAACGCAUGAUCGUGAUCGAUUUGCGUGGGCAAGAUCGGGCUUGCGGGGCAAUCCCAGGAACGAAAAACAUCCCGGCCAUGGAUCUCCUCAAGGAGAUCGGGAAGUACGUCAAGGAUUUUGAGGUCGCCAACUUCUUUCGAAAGAGCUGCCCGUCCAAGCAGCGCGUGCUGAUCCUGGAGGGCGGGUACAGGGGAUGGGAGGCUCAUGACCUCCCUAUCCAGCAGAUGGAGGCGUCGCGUUGCCGAUAUCUACCCCUCAUCAGUACUUCCAGCAUCUUUCAGCCACCUGAUGCUCCAGACAGGGCAGUGGCGGUUGGAGGUUGCCUUGGUAAGGCCGUGCCGAGGCAGCCCGUGGUGCUGUCGCAUGCGCAGGCAGCGCAGCCAUGGCUUGGACAGGUGCAUCAGCUGCCUGCUCAGGUGAAACCAGGGCGCAUGGUGCCAGUGGCGCCCAUGGUGAAGCACGUGGUCAAGCCCGUGGCGAAGCCAUCGCAAUGGAUAUAUGCAGCCCCCCUUCAAAGCACCCGAGGACAUCUUGCCAAUCCCAAGGUGGGCCUCUCAUGCCCAAAGCCACAGGUGGUGUCCACGCACGUGAAGCCCCCAGAGCGGAAGGAGCUGCCUCUGAUUGAUGGCCAAGUGCCCAAGGACCAAGGCGUGGAGGGGAUGCACCCAAUUGACUUCAAGAAAUUUUGGGAGCAGAAUCAUCAACGCAUGAUCGUGAUCGAUUUGCGUGGGCAAGAUCGGGCUUGCGGGGCAAUCCCAGGAACGAAAAACAUCCCGGCCAUGGAUCUCCUCAAGGAGAUCGGGAAGUACGUGAAGGAUUUUGGGGAAAUGCAGACUGUGGCAUUUUUUGCCAGUAUUCAGCUCAUCGAGCUCCCACCGUCGCCAACUUCUUUCGAAAGAGCUGCCCGUCCAAGCAGCGCGUGA